GGGGGCACGCAGUGGCUGUUGGGAGGCUGUUCUGCUGGUUAAUUCUGGCACAGCAGUUUUGCACAACAUAUUAAAAAAAACAUCGCCAUGAAACUGCGCUCCCAACUUGGGUUCUGGGGCCGCUGUCUGGUGCUUGCAGUUUACUGCACGCUCCAGACCGGUUCGGUGCUGCCUCGGGGCGAUGCACCGAAUCAGAGGCUGUUCGGGGGUCCCGGGGGAGCGGUUCUGGUUCCGAGUUCCGACCCGGGGGUGCUGAAAGCGGCUCAGUUCGCGGAGCAACGUUACAACUUGGGCUACAGUGGUGUUUAUCUGCGGAGGAUCAGCAAAAUUGUUUCAGCCACAAAACAGGUGGCGAGGGGGGUGAAGUACACUCUAGUGGCUGAACUGGGAAACACGUUCUGCAAAAAAUCCAAAUCCUUCGACCUGCAGACCUGCGGCUUUCACACGCAGCAGGACACUUUGAAGAAGGAGGUGUGCUUGUUUGAGAUCUGGGAGGUGCCGUGGGAAGACAAGGUCAAGCUGCUCAAGCAGAAAUGCCACCUGUCAGGAGCUUCCAAAGAGUCUAACGGAUUCAGAGAGAAAGCGAAUUCAUCUCCACCCGCGAUGAACCAGUCUCAGGACAGCUCCGAUCUGCUGACUGCGAUGUUCAAGGACUUUGUGUCGACGUACAGCAGGGAGUACCACAGCCAGGAGGAAGCCGAGAAGCGCUUCCGUAUUUUCGCGGAGAAUUUGGAAACGGCCCGGAAGAUCCAGGAUUUAGACCAGGGCACCGCGGAGUACGGCAUGACCCAGUUCAGUGACCUGACAGAGGAGGAGUUCCGGACUCUUUACCUGAACCCCCUCCUCAGUCGCUCUGAACCGCGGCCCCUGAAACAGGCAGCUGUGCCGCGGGACCCCCCUCCAGCGGAAUGGGACUGGAGAGACCACGGAGCUGUGACCCCCGUCAAAGACCAGGUAAGGGGGGCUGGAGUUUUGGGGGGCUGACUCAAACAAGCUCGG